AUGACUGAUAGAGAUUAUUUAGUUCAUCAAAUUAAUCAACAGUUGAGUAAUUUAAUUCAAAAUCAAUCUGGUUCAUUUGUUUUAGCUACUCAAUCUCAUCCAACAUCAGAUUUAAACGUUUUAUAUUCAAAGCAUUAUACAGAUCAACAAAUUGAAGAUAUUAGAAAAAUAUUAGGAAAACCAACAUUGAUAUCAAUCAAACCAGUGUUAAAAAGAACUAUAAUCAUUACCUUAAUUAAAGAUGACUUAUCAUCUCAAGAAUCAAUAAUUUCUCAAUUUCGAGAUUUAUUCAAUGUAUUAACUCAAGUUGUUUGUAAAGAAGUUGCAAAAGCAUGGAUUAAAAUUUUAGAACCAAAUAAGCAAGCUUUAUAUCCAUAUAGAAAUGGUAAUUCCAAAAAACCAACUUGGUGGCCUGAACAUGUUAAUCAUAUUGAACCAGAUCAUUUAGAUAAAGUUGGAAGAGUUGAAUUAUUAAUUAAUAUUGUUAGAAAUUUGAAUUUUGAUGUAUUUCAAGGUGAAUUAGUUACUAUGAUUUUAGAAAAGGAUAUUUGGAAAUUGAUAGUUAAAGAAAUUUUAUAUUUGGCAGUUUAUGAACGUAUCUUUUUCAAUAAUCUGAGACAAGUUGAUGAAUUAUAUCAAUAUAUUCCAAAGUUGGAAAAAGAUGUAAUUGAAAAAGAGAAUGAAAUUAAAAUUAUUGCUAGUAAUUUUAGAAUUGGAGUUGAGUUAAUUAUGUCCAUUAGAGUUAAAGAUUCUGAUUUAAAUGAUAAAGUUUAUCAAUUAAAUAUGGAUGAAGAACCUGAGCAACCAGAAGAAGAAUUUACUCCUGCUAAAAGAGUUAAUAAAAGAUUAAGUUUACCAGAUUUAAGAAAAAAUGCAAGAUUAAAACAAGAUUUAAAUCAUGAAGAUAAUAUUAAAAUUGUAAGGAAACAAAUUGUAACAAAGAAGUCAUCAAAGAAAUUACCUAGAAUUACAAAGAAAAGAUCAACUACAAGCAUUAAAUUACCUAAAUAUGUUUCUGAAGACGACUAUGAAGAUACAGAUAGUGAUGAGGUUAAAAUGGAAACAAUUAAUGAUGAAUCAAGAAAAGUAAAUGAUGAAAUUGCUAAUAGAAAUGAUACAAUUGAAAUAAAUCAAAAAACUGAAUCAAAAGAAGAUGAUAAAGUUGAAUUAGAUAAUGAACCAAAAGUAAAUGCUAUAGCAGAAGAUCCAGUUUUUGAUUCAGAUGAUGAUUUGGAUCCAAAUGAACCAAAAGUUGAUGCAAUUGAAGAAGAUCCAGAUAUUUCUCUGGAACUUGAUGAUGAUUUUGUUUCAAGAAUUGCAAAUGCUAACAUCUAUACAACACCAGAUUUUGAUGUUGUUGAUCUAGAAAAUGAUAUUCCAUCAGAUACAGAAUCAGACUCAAUUUCAUCUAUGGAUUCAGAUAAGUUUAAUAAAAAAAUUAGAAAAGCUGAUAUUGAAAAUUUAUUAAUUUCAUCGCAAGAAGAUAAACAUUUAUCAACAACUCCAGAUACAAAAGUAUCACUGAUUAAAUCAACAGCAUCAACUCCAAUAUGUACAAUUGUAGAUAGUUUAACAAAUAAUGAAUUUUCAGCUUCGACUCCAAAACAAAAUAUUUCAACUCCAAUUCAUAUUCCUCAAUCUUCACCUUUUAAAUCUCCAUUUGCAAGAUCAUCAAUUUAUAAUGAAACUUUUUCAAGUAUUGACUAUUAUGAUGCUAAUAUGGAUAGUUUUGAUGAUAUCAAUUCAAGUCCUUGUCAAAAUGGAUAA